GAAGAUCAGCCCAUCUACAUGGCAGUGAAGGGAGUGGUGUUUGAUGUCACUUCUGGAAAGGAGUUUUACGGACGAGGAGCACCCUACAAUGCCUUGGCUGGGAAGGACUCCACCAGAGGGGUGGCCAGGAUGUCCCUGGAUCCUGCAGACCUUACCCAUGACACUACGGGCCUCACGGCCGAGGAGCUGAAGUCCCUGGAUGAUGUCUUCACCAAAGUGUACAAAGCCAAGUAUCCCAUCGUCGGCUACACGGCCCGAAGAAUUCUCGGUGAGGACGGCAGCCCCAACCUGGACUUCAAGCCUGAAGACCAGCCCCACUUUGACAUAAAGGACGAGUUCUGAUGUCCCAUCUGAAAGGACAUGAUGAGGUGGGGGACUCACAGGUGUGAAAUCUGCAGACUAGGCUGCCCAGGCCUCUGGCCAUUCAGGUCCAAAAAAAAUAGACACUUAACCUGGAGCUCUGACGUCCUCUUGUUGUCCUUGGUCGGACGUCCUGUCCACCUGGGCGUCCUGCCCGCACACUGGCCAGGGUGGGAAUAAUAGCCAAAGGGGGAAGCUUCCUCAGUGUCAGCAUUGGCUGGCUGGAUGGUGGAAUCACAGGUGACCUGUAUUUCUUCUUUUAUUUUUCUGAACUCGCCACAUUUUCUACUGUGACCAUGUUUACUUUAGAAUAAGCACAAAAAUAAACUUCCUGUUUGCA